AUGGCAAAAGAUGACCAGAGGUUGAUGAGGGACUGGAGGGACAGCUUUGGUAAACUGGUCCGUCAACUGACCGUUCGAAAUCAAAGUAACAAGGACAAUGUAGGUACACUUCCAUUGCUCGCAUACACAACACCAAAUCAGCCUCCAAGACCAUUAGAUUUUUCCACCACAGACGACCUCACAGCUAGAGAAACAGUGGUCACAGAGAUUGAGCAGGAAGCUGUCAGUGGAGCCAUUUUAUUUGAGGCCAACAGUGUUGUGGUCGUCAAGCGCGACCUUAUACGUGGAUACCCGAACAGGGGACCCUUCUUUGUUGGAAUUGUCGUAGCUGAUGUCACCGACAAGGAAGAGAAUUCUUUUUGUGAUAUUGAGUUGUUAGUUUCUUCUUUUGAAGACUGUCUGCUGUUUACUUUGAAUGAAAGCGCACGAAUCCACCGAGAUGCUAUCGUCAGUAAA